GCUAUCGAUCUUGCUCAAUCAAUGACCUCAGAUUAUGGUGAAACGGAAAUUCUUGGAAUAUUAAAAUGGGUAUUUGAGAAUUCAAGAGAUGAUAUGACCACCUCUAAUUUAGUUGAAUCUGUUGCUCGUGCUGGUAAAGUUAAUGCCCAAUUUGUAACACAUAAUGACAAGAUGGAUAAAAAGGUUAUUGGUAUGUUGAAGAAUUCAUUAAAGCCACCGAUCAUAGAUUAUAAAAUUACUUGGAAUCAACCAAAAAGGAAGUUACUUCGAUGGUGGAAGAUUAAGCCUAACAUUAACUUAUAUAGCGACAAGAUGGAAUCUCCGCCAUCACCUCCAACAUUCUUCAGAUCCCGAACCACCGAACCACAAUUAGAGCCUAAACCCGGACCACCGAAAGUGCCUGAACCGGAAGUAACUUGUGCUUCUCCCGAUGAUCCAGGAUGCAAACUCCACCGGGAGU